GAGUGGGCUUGUCUGACCUGUCUUGAGGGCGAGUCCAAGAUUCUUGUCCCUGUAACGCUGCUGCCUCAAGCUCCUUCCAGAUACCGUAUUCCCUUGAUCGCAACCAUGCUGGCCGCAGUCAGGCUCUGUGGUUUGUCAUCUCGACUUCUCAGCAGGUCUUUGAUGACAGCUGGCACAUUAAAUUCUAAGGAUCAGCUCCCUGAUAUGAAUGAAGGAUCCAUACCUAUCCAUGUAAAUAAUGUGCGUGAUAGAUUGAGGGCAAUUGUGGGAGCUUCUACAAACUGGAGCGACCAUGUACAAGCUAUGGAAGAAAGGAAAUCUCUACAGUCCCUGUUGGCUAAAAAGCAAGAAGAUCUUCCUCCAAGAAGGAUGAAAGACAGUUACAUUGAAGUCUUGUUACCUCUUGGUAGUCAGCCUCAAUUGCGGGAAAAAUAUCUAAAUGUUUACAACAAUGUGAGGUUUGGUCGGAUCCUUGAAGACCUGGACAGCUUAGGAGUGCUCAUUUGCUAUACUCACACAAAAGCUGCCUCUGGCCAGACUCCUCUAUCAAUAGUCACUGCUCUAGUGGAUAAGAUAGAUCUAUGCAAAAAGCUUAUUUAUCCAGACUGUGAUAUCAAGCUUACUGGGCACGUUUCCUGGGUAGGGAAGACAUCCAUGGAAGUCAAAAUGCACAUGUUGCAGCAACAUGAUGGUGUUUACAGCCCAGUGUUGGACGCAACCUUUGUUAUGGUAGCCAGAGAUCCAGAGAACAAGAGGCCGGCGUUUGUCAAUAUGAUAAUCCCUGAUGGUCCAGAAGAAGAGAACCUUUUCAAGCAAGGGGAAUUGAACAAAACGAGACGAGUGGCUUUCAGUACCGCCUCCUUACUGAAAAUGGCUCCAACUGCAGACGAGAGAAACGUUGUGCAUGAUAUGUUUCUCAAUACUCUUGACACAAGGACUGUAAGUUUUCGGAGCCGUGUAUUGCCACCCAAUUCUGUAUGGAUGGAAGAUGCAAAGUUCAAGGGUUUGGAGAUCUGCCACCCUCAGCAAAGGAACAUAUUCAAUCGGAUAUUUGGUGGUUUUCUAAUGAGGAAAGCUUAUGAACUGGGGUGGGCCACAGCUUGUUCCUACGGGGGUUCCAGGCCCUAUGUUGUUGCUGUUGAUGAUAUCAUGUUCCAAAGACCUGUUGAAAUUGGUUCACUGUUGUUCCUUUCUUCUCAGGUGUGUUAUACAGAGAAUAACCACAUCCAGGUCAGAGUCCACAGUGAAGUUUCUGACCCAGACACCAGAGAACACCACACUACAAAUAUCUUUCACUUCACUUACAUGUCUGAGAAGGAAGUGCCCCGGAUUGUGCCACAGACAUAUGGUGAGUCCAUGCUGUAUUUAGAUGGGAAACGCCAUUAUGAUGCCGUCAUCAAAAGCAGAAAUGGACAGAAUGACUGUGUAUAAAAAAAAAACUAAAACCUGGAAACCUGAAAAAAGACAGCCAUACAGGAAUGAGCUUCCAAAAAAGGCCUUGUUAACCGUGGAUUGUUUUCUUGCACAGCACUAAGCAGCACAUUAAAAGGAUCCGAAGAAAUGCAUUGUUGCCGUGUGUAAUGUUAAAUGAACUGAUUUUCAGUAUCAUCUGUGCUGCUUUACAAAUGACUUCCAAUAUUAUACAAAUCUGCUUACUGCUGCUAUUUUUUAAUAUACAUCACAUUUAUUUAGACUCCAUUUUUAGUAGAUCCUCUGAAUCUGUGCCUUUUGUUCUUUAUAUGCAGUGAGGUAAAUGUUGUCAUGUUUACUUUUUAAAAACCCAAGCUGUUUCAGUCAGCUACAAUGACAAAUGGACUUUCUAUCCUAUGAGUUUUCAGUCUUUUUAAAUGAGAGGAAAUAGACUUUGUUUUUCCUUUUGCAGGCCCGGUGAACAAAUUUUAUUACAUGAAACAAAAAUAUUAUAUCAGUACAUAAACGUAUUUUCAAAUGUUCCUUAGCGUUAAAUGCGCCAAUGCCGUAUACACUCAUCAUAUACAAUGUACACACACAGAAAUGGGCAAGCUGCAGAGAAGAGGUGCAUUCUGUGUGAUGUAGCCAUAUAAAAAGCACUGGAGGAUUGGAAUGUGGCACCUAGGCUUUAGGAUAAACAACUGUGAUUUUGUCUUUAGAAUAACAUUUUGAAGAAAACUAUCAAAGAUCUAGAGUGAUAGGAGAACAUAUAUGUCGUAAACCAAAGUUCCUCACCUCUGUUAUAUAUUUUUAUAAGAUACUGAUAAUCAGAAGAUCAAUUGUUUGCAUUCAGAAAUGUAUUUAGUUAUUCACAAAAGGUGAUCAUGUAAUAUUGUCUAUCUGUCUGAUCAUAAAAGGGCGUAUGGCUAGUCCCUAGUUACGUGUCCUUUUCAUGAUGCUUUGUGAUAUAGGUCAAUAUGCAAAUAAUGUAUGUGUACGAUGAUUUGCACGUAUAAAGAUGGUUCAAUUAGAUAAAUACACAGGGAA